AUGGACUUGGUGCCAGUGUACCACGGACCUAUCAGCAAAGAGAGGGAGAGGCUUCUGGGAGAGGAUGGUCGGGAUGGCAGUUAUCUGAUACGAAACAGUGAAUCCAAGCCUGGCGUUUACUGCUUGUGUGUUCUGUGCAAAGGCUUAGUGUACACCUAUAGGCUACAUCAAGGUGAGGAUGGAUCAUGGACUGCAGACACCUCCCCCGGUGUUGAAAAGCGUUUUUUCCGGAAAAUCCGGAACUUGAUCUCAGCCUUCCAGAAGCCAGCAGGCAUCGCCAUGCCCCUCCUUUACCCAAUCACUGUGCAGAACAACUACGCCAGGAAACAGGAUGGCUUGAUUUAG